AGGAUCACUCCCUGAGCCGAAGAAAGAUGCUUAACCGCUGUGCCACCCAGGCGCCCCUUCUUUGGCAUUCACUUUUAAAAAGUGAAAUGUGUUUUUUAAAAAAGUGUUAGAUGCCUCUGGGAGAAAAAUAGAGGGGCCCAGGCCUGUUUCUACCCUGACAGGCUCUGGAUAUAAUUUGGGAUUGUGGGCCAGGUUCUCCAUUGUCUGUACCUACCGAGAGCCUGGCCAGGUGGUCCACCUGCUCACCGUCUAAACUGUGCCCAUUUAACCAGGGCACAGGGGGAGGGGGGCAAAUCCUGGGUUUGCAGGUGCAUCACUAAGGCAAGAGGUAGCAGCCCUCAUCCUGGAAUGGCCCCUGGGAUCUGGUGAAGACCCCUAUCCUAUCUGCUCUGUCUUAGCCCACUGCUUGUCUCCUCUCACUUGUGACCUCAUGUUAUUCUAGAAUGAGCUUUUUCCUGGGCCUCUUUCUUUCUGGACCCUGCUCUGUAAAAGGGUUGGGGCCACUAAUGGGGAUGGAAUGCGCUAAGUUGGCAGCAGGAGUAGGCCCUGAAUGAGACACCGACGUCAGGCAGCCUGGAAUAGAUGCCAGCCCAACCAAGGGGGUCCUUCAGCCAUGGUCAGGGGCGCCUGCCCCCUGGGGGCCACCGGAUAAAGAGGGAGAGAAACCAAAGGUUGGAAAAGAAGCAGGAUUGAGUUGCAGAAUGGGUCACAAGCAGGAGGCAGAAGGGACUCAGAAUUGGGGAAGCUGCUUUUCCACUGACCUUGGGGACAGUUGUCAGGGUGGGGGACGGGACUUGGGCCUCAGGAAAUGCCUGCCAGGUUGGACUUGAGGGAUGCUGUGGCCUCUCCCCACCCCACCCCCUAGCCACCUUCCUCACAAUGGGGUUCAUUGCUGAGGUGGGAGGGGCAUCCUAGGAAGGGUCCAGCUGGGGGCCUGCCUGCCAGACAGCCUCGGGGAACCUGCCCUUUCAAGCAUGACCCAUACCAUCCGGGCUCCCCGACUCCCAGUGUGCUCUUAGCUUUGCCUGCCUGGCUUAGGGUCCUGGAGGCCUUCUUGGAGCUCAUCCAGCAACCAUCAUGCAGGGUGGUGCUGGGGGCUGCCCUCUUACUCGGAGGUGGAGGCCUCAUGCUGUGGAUUCAGAGGAGGAGGAGAAGGAAGACAUCCCCUGCGCCUGCACGAGAGGAGCAGGAGCCACCGGAAGGUCACAAAGCAAAGAGUGAGAACUGGAUUAAAUCUCACUUUAGCCGCCUUUCCGAAGAGAAGCUGGCCACCUGCGGCAGCAGCACCACCCCUCCCCCUGAGAGCGGCAGUGGGGAGGCCAGCACCACCGUGCUCAUGGAGACCUUCACCACCAGGCAAGGGGAAGUGGGCACAGCUCUGCACCGGGAGUCCUUCACCAGCAAGCAGAGGUUGUCUGGCUCCUCGGUGACCAAAGAGACCCACAGGGAGUCUGGAAAAUCCUCAUCCACGGAUGAGGCCACGUGGGCCGCUGUGGCCGCCUCUACCAAGGAGAUUGACAACCUGGGACAGCAACUGGCUAAUUCCAUGUUGCAGCAUGCCACCACUUACCAGAACUCCGGCCACCUGGAGUCCAAAGACAUCAACCAGGAGGAGCUGAAGGCCCUCGAGGAGGUGGAGUUGAAGCUGAAGGGGAAUUUCCUCACUCAGCGAGAAACUGUGGUAGCCGGCAUGAACCACACGCACACCUUCCAUGGCCAUGGUCACCACGGCCACCAGGGUCAUCCGAGCCACCAGAGCCACAGUCUGCCCAACCGCAGCCAACAGACCUGCCACCCCUUUGAAGCCACCAACUAACCAUGAAUGGAGACGCCCCUUCCCCCGACAGGGCUGGCACACAAUUGCAGGCCUGUUUUCUCUCCUGUGGGGCAACCCAUGUGGCCCAGGGUGAGAGGCUGCCACCCAAAUCCCUUCUUCCUUAGCCCCGCAUAGGGUUCCUGGGCCCCUUCGAGUCUGUGAGUAGGGUCUGCCACAGAGAAUGGCUCCUGAUGGAGGGGGAGGUGGAAGGAAGGGAAGCAGCAGAGACACACGGGCUUCUGAAGACCCACCGAGAGAAGAUAGGUGAGGCAGAUCCCAGGAGGAGCUGAGAGCCCCAGACUGACGCCAAAUGCCUGGAACUGAGCCAAUAAAGCCUUGUAUACCCUCAUUUUGAGUCUGGAGGCCUCUGUGGCCAGCCUCAGGACUGACUGGGACGGGGAGAGGGUUUCUGCUCCCAUAGUCCUCUUUGUGUGGCCCUUGGCCUGGGCUCUUUGCUGGGCUGAUUCAAGACUCCAUAAAUCGGCUUCCCUGAGUCUCGGGUUCUGGGGAUGGGACGUCUCCCGGGAGCUCAGCACCCACCAACCAGCUGUUGGCCAGGGAAGGAGGAAGCAGCCAGGUGUCAGGAGGUUGGGGGAGAGACAGGCUUUCAGAAUCUAGUAGGCAAGGUGGGCUGUGUGUCUCCUGUCCUCUUGGUGUUAUCUUCACCCUGUCUCUUGCUGCUCCAAGUCGUGUGGUCUCCUGCAGUGCAGUGCUCUCUCCCUGCCCCAUCUGCUUUCUGGGGCCACUGGGAUCCCUGUUAAUGCCUCCCCCCACCUACCUUCAGAGCUGUUGUGCUGUAUACUAUGGCUGGGGCUGGGGCUGUUGCUGCUGCUAGUACUACUAAUUAGUAAUAUUACUAGUACUACCAGCAGCUCCCUCUUUUUUUUUUCUUUUCAGUUUUUAGUAUAUGCCACGUUUUGUGUUAAGUGUUACAGCACAGUCCCAUGGAGACAGUAUUGCAUUAUCUCCAUUUUGCAGAUGAGACACCUGAGGCUCCGAGAUGUAAUUUGCCUGACAGGGCAUAGACAGUAAGUGGUGUUGUUGGAGUUAGAGCGCAGCUCUGCCCGACUCCAGGGCUCAGUCCCUGCUGUGUGCUGCCCCUCAGGCCAAUGCAAUGGCCUAGCAAUGGCCCUAGCAAUGGCCACUGCCCCUAGCAAUGGCCCUCCAGGGGGGCUUCCUCUCUCAUGCUUACCCCUGUCCUCUUAUCACAUGUCCUGACUCUCUGUGCCCUCCCUCAAGCCUGGGACUCUCUCUGCUUCCUCUUCCUGGGUCCCAAGAAGCCAUUUCUGGGGCAAAGAGUGACUUCCAGUAAGGGGGUUAAGGGAGGCAGCUGUCUCUCCCGUGAAAGUUGAGAGAAGUCAGCUACACAGCACUGUCUAACUCCCAGAGGCUCCUUUACGUAGAAAUGUACCAUUGGCAUCUGUUAUGAACUUAACCAGUGUUCAAACUCCCAGGAGAAGGUGCCCAGAAUCCUUGCAAAAGAUGGAUACAUCUACAAACACCCUAAAUGUUGUUGAUUGAUUUUAUGGGGCAUAAUUGGAAGUAUUUGAAUUCAUCUAUCCAUCUAUCUAUCUAUCUAUCUAUCUGUCUAUUUUAAAGAUUUUAAGUAA